CCACGCUUUCCUUCCUGCCCUGCCUCCCAACUUCACUCCAAGUCGGACUCUGUGCUGGUGGAGGGACCUCCCGACAGACCAAGGACUGAGUGGGGACUCAGCCGAGGACCCACACAGGAUGGAGCGGGCCUCAGGGGAACGAGGAGGGGACCCGCAGGGCUGGCCAGCGCCCUGGGAGCUUCGACUGGGCCUGCUGCUGAGUGUGCUGGCCACCGCCCUGGCCCCGGCCCCGGCCCCGGCCCUGGAGGUGCCAGGCUGCUCCCGGGGAAGCUGCUACCCAGCCACGGGGGACCUGCUGGUGGGCCGUGCCGACAGACUGACGGCUUCGUCCACCUGUGGCCUGCACGGCCCCCAGCCCUACUGCAUCGUUAGCCACCUGCAGGAUGAGAAGAAGUGCUUCCUGUGUGACUCCCGGCGUCCCUUCUCCGCUAAAGACAAUCCGAACAGUCAUGGCAUCCAGAAUGUGGUUACCAGCUUCGCACCACAGCGCCGGACGGCCUGGUGGCAGUCAGAGAACGGUGUCCCCAUGGUCACCAUCCAGCUGGACUUGGAGGCUGAGUUCCACUUCACUCACCUCAUUAUGACCUUCAAGACAUUUCGCCCUGCUGCCAUGCUAGUGGAGCGCUCAGCUGACUUCGGACGCACCUGGCACGUGUACCGAUAUUUCUCCUAUGACUGCGGGGCUGACUUCCCAGGAGUCCCACUAGCCCCUCCUCGACACUGGGAUGAUGUAGUGUGUGAGUCCCGCUACUCAGAGAUCGAGCCGUCCACUGAAGGCGAGGUCAUAUAUCGCGUGCUGGACCCUGCCAUCCCCAUCCCAGACCCCUACAGCUCCCGGAUCCAGAACCUGCUGAAGAUCACCAGCCUGCGGGUGAACCUGACACGGCUGCACACGCUGGGGGACAACCUGCUCGACCCGCGGCGGGAGAUCCGCGAGAAGUACUAUUAUGCCCUCUAUGAACUGGUUGUGCGUGGCAACUGCUUCUGCUACGGACACGCUUCACAGUGUGCACCCGCCCCCGGGGCACCGGCCCACACUGAGGGCAUGGUUCACGGGGCCUGUGUCUGCAAACACAACACCCGUGGCCUCAACUGUGAGCAGUGUCAGGAUUUCUAUCAUGAUCUGCCCUGGCAUCCGGCCGAGGACGGCCACAGUCAUGCCUGCAAGAAGUGCGAGUGCCACGGGCAUGCCCACAGCUGUCACUUCGACAUGGCCCUGUACCUGGCGUCUGGCAAUGUGAGUGGAGGCGUGUGUGACACCUGUCAGCACAACACAGCCGGACGCCACUGUGAGCUGUGCCGUCCCUUCUUCUACCGGGACCCGGCCAAGGACCUGCGGGACCCAGCGGUGUGCCGCCCCUGUGACUGUGACCCCGUGGGCUCCCAAGACGGUGGGCGCUGUGACCCCCACGAUGAUCCCGCACUGGGGCUGGUCUCGGGCCAGUGUCGCUGCAAAGAACACGUGGUGGGCUCUCGCUGUCAGCAAUGCCAAGAUGGCUUCUUUGGGCUCAGCGCCAGUGACCCUGUAGGCUGCCGGCGGUGUCAGUGUGACAUGCGGGGCACAGUGCCCAGGAGCACCCCCUGUGACCCCAGUAGUGGAACCUGCUUCUGCAAGCGCCUAGUGACUGGACACAGCUGCAACCGCUGCCUGCCUGGCCACUGGGGCCUGAGCCAUGACCUGCUUGGCUGCCGCCCGUGUGACUGCGAUGUGGGCAGUUCCGCGGACCUCCAGUGCAAUGAGGCCACGGGCCAAUGCCACUGCCGCCCGCACAUGGUGGGGCGUCGCUGCGAACAGGUGCAGCCGGGCUACUUCCGGCCCUUCCUUGACCACCUAACUUGGGAAGCUGAGGACACCCAGGGGCAGGCCCUGGAUGUGGUGGAACGUUUGGCGACCCCUGGUGGGACACCAUCCUGGACAGGCCUGGGCUUUGUUAGGCUGCAGGAAGGCCAGGCAUUGGAGUUCCUGGUGGCCUCUGUGCCAAGAGCCAUGGACUACGACAUCCUGCUACGCUUGGAGCCCCAGGUCCCCGAGCAGUGGGCAGACCUGGAGCUGACUGUGCAGCGCCCAGGGCCUGUGUCUGCACGUGGCCUGUGUGGGCACGUGCUGCCCAAGGAUGACCACAUCCCAGGGACCCUGCAGCCAGACACCAGGCACAUGGUGCUUCCCAGACCUGUCUGCCUGGAGCCUGGCAUCUCCUACAAGCUGCAUCUGAAGCUGGUGCGAGCAGGGGGCAGUGCCCGGCCCGAGGCCCCCUUCUCUGGACCCAGCCUGCUCGUGGACUCACUGGUGGUGCUGCCGCGCGCGCUGGCGCUGGAGGUGUUCAGCGGGGGCGACGCCGCGGCCCUGGAGCGCAAGGCCACCUUCGAGCACUACCGCUGCCAUGAGGAGGGCCUGGUGCCCAGCAAGGCCCGCACCCCCGAGGCCUGUGCGCCCCUCCUCGCCAGCCUGUCCUCCUUGCUCUACGGAGGCGCCCUGCCCUGUCAGUGUGACCCCCAGGGCUCCCUGAGCUCGGAGUGCAGCCCCCACGGCGGGCAGUGCCCGUGCAAGCCCGCGGUGGCUGGGCGCCGCUGUGACCUCUGUGCCCCUGGCUACUACGGCUUUGGCCCUUCAGGUUGUCAAGCCUGCCAGUGCAGCCCCGAGGGGGCGCUCAGUGGGCUCUGCGAGGGAACCAGUGGGCAGUGCCCCUGCCGUGCUGGUGCCUUUGGGCUUCGCUGUGACCGCUGCCAGCGUGGCCAGUGGGGAUUCCCUACAUGCCGGCCAUGUGCCUGCAAUGGGCAUGCGGACGAAUGUGAUGCCCACACUGGCACUUGCCAGGGCUGCCGCGACCACACCUCAGGCAUGCACUGUGACAGGUGCACUGCUGGCUACCAUGGGGACCCACGGCUGGUGGCUGGGGGCCAGUGUCGGCCCUGCCCCUGCCCCGAAGGCCCUGGGAGCCGGCGGCAUUUUGCUACUUCCUGCCAUCGGGAUGGUUACUCCCAGCAGAUUGUGUGCCUCUGCAGAGCGGGUUACACAGGGCCACGGUGCGACGCUUGUGCCCCUGGGCACUUUGGGGACCCAUCAAGGCCUGGUGGCUCAUGCCGACCAUGUGAGUGCAAUGGGAACAUUGACCCCACGGACCCUGAUGCCUGUGACGCCCGCACGGGGCAAUGCCUGCGCUGCUUACACCACACGGAGGGGCCACACUGUGCCCGCUGCAAGCCUGGCUUCCAUGGGCAGGCUGCCCGACAGAGCUGUCAGCGCUGCAUCUGCCACCUGCUGGGCACGGAUCCCCAGCAGUGCCUGUCUGCUGACCAGUGCAGCUGUGACCCGAGCAGUGGGCAGUGCCCAUGCCUCCCCAAUGUCCAGGGGCCUAGCUGUGACCGCUGUGCCCCCAACUUCUGGAACCUUACCAGUGGCCAUGGCUGCCAGCCUUGUGCCUGCCACUCGAGCCGAGCCAGAGGCCCCACCUGCAAUGAGUUCACAGGACAGUGCCGCUGCCAUGCUGGCUUUGGUGGGCGCACCUGUUCUGAGUGUGAGGAGCUGCACUGGGGAGACCCUGGGCUGCAGUGCCGGGCCUGCGAUUGUGACCCUCGUGGAAUAGACACACCUCAGUGUCACCGCACCACAGGCCACUGCAGCUGCCGCACAGGCGUGUCUGGUGUGCGCUGUGACCAGUGUGCCCGUGGCUUCUCGGGUGUCUUUCCUGCCUGCCACCCUUGUCACGCAUGCUUCGGGGACUGGGACCGCGUGGUACAGGACCUGGCUGCACAUACGUGGCGCCUGGAGCAACGGGCACAGAAGCUGCAGCAGACGGGCGUGCUGGGUGCCUUUGAGAGCAGCUUCUGGCACAUGCAGGAGAAGCUGGGUGCUGUGCAGAGAAUCGUGGGAGCUCGCAACGCCUCUGCUGCCUCCGCUGUGCAGCUUGUGGAGGCUACAGAGGAGCUGCGGCGUGAGAUUGGGGAGGCCACCGAGCACCUGACCCAGCUGGAGGCAUUGCUGACAGAUGUGCAGGACGGGAACUUCAAUGCCAACCAUGCACUGAGCAGUCUGGAGCGAGAUGGGCUUGCACUCAACCUCACCCUGCGGCAGCUCCACCAGCACCUGGACCUGCUCAAGCACUCAAACUUCCUGGGUGCCUAUGACAGCAUCCGCCAUGCUCACAGCCUGUCUGCAGAGGCUGAACGUCGUGCCAAUACCUCAGCCCUGACAGUGCCCAGCCUAGUGAGCAACUCUGCAGGCACCCGGCACCGGACAGAAGUGCUGAUGGGCGCCUGGAGGGAGGACUUUGACCGCAGACACAUGGCCAACCAGCGGGCCCUAGAUGAGCUCUCUGCCCGGGCCCAUACCCUGAGCCUGACAGGCGUGAAUGAGCUGGUCUGUGGGCCCCCGGGGGAUGUGCCCUGUGCUGCGAGCCCUUGCGGCGGUGCCGGCUGUCGGGACGAGGAUGGGAAGCUCCGCUGUGGGGGCCUCAGCUGCAACGGGGCAGUAGCCAUGGCGGAGCUGGCACUGGGUCGAGCCCGGCACACACAGGCAGAGCUCCAGCGUGCGCUGGCUGAAGGUGGCAGCAUCCUCAGCCAGGUGGCUGAGAGCCGUCGGCAGGCAGGCGAGGCACAGCAGCGGGCCCAGGCGGCUCUGGACAAGGCCAAUGCUUCUAGGAGCCAGGUGGAGAAGGCUGACCGGGAACUUCGGGAACUUAUCCAGAGCGUGAAGGACUUCCUCAGCCAGGAGGGGGCUGAUCCUGAUAGCAUUGAGAUGGUGGCGACGCGGGUGCUAGAGCUUUCCAUCCCAGCGUCACCUGAGCAGAUCCAGCACCUGGCGGGCGCAAUUGCAGAGCGCGUCCGGAGCCUGGCAGACGUGGACACCAUCCUGGCGCGAACUGUGGGCGAUGUGCGUCGGUCAGAGCAGCUACUGCAGGAUGCACGGCGGGCAUGGAGCCGCGCUGAGGGUGAGAAACACAGGGCAGAGAGAGUGCAGGCGGCCCUGGAGGAGGCCCAGCGGGCACAGGGUGCUGCUCAGGGCGCCAUCCAGGGCGCGGUGGCUGACACACAGGACACAGAGCAGACCCUGCACCAGGUGCAGGAGAGGAUGGCAGGUGCAGAGCAGGUGCUGAGCUCUGCAGGCGAGCGGGCUCAGCAAUUGGAUGGUCUCCUGGAGGCUCUGAAAUUGAAACGCGCAGGCAAUAGCCUGGCAGCCUCCAGCGCUGAAGAAACAGCAGGCAGUGCCCAGAGUCGCGCCCACGAGGCCGAGCAGCUGCUGCAGGGUCCGCUGGGCGACCAGUAUCAGACGGUGAGGGCCCUGGCCGAGCGCAAGGCCCAGGGUGUGCUGGCUGCGCAGGCGCGGGCAGAGCACCUGCGGGAUGAGGCCCGGGCCUUGCUUCAGGCCGCCCAGGACAAGCUUCAGCGGCUGCACGAGCUGGAGGGCACCUACGCGGAGAACGAGCGCGCGCUGGAGGGCAAGGCGACGCAGCUGGACGGGCUGGAGGCCAGGAUGCGCAGCGUGCUGCAGGCCAUCAACCUGCAGGUGCAGAUCUACAACACCUGCCAGUGACCGCCCCCCAAGCCCCAAUAAACGCUGUGAUCCCGC